AAGCCUCUGAUUGGCUAAACCUGCAGAAGACUCACGUCGGUCAGAACGGAUCAGCGUCAAAGAUCCGACUCCUUGAACGACUCUUAACGGGUCCCCGUCGUUACCAGGCAACGCCUCUCCUUUUCCCGGCGAAGUUUUGACCGAAGACCACAGCUCUGCUCGCCUCUUUUACGGUGUUAUUUCUGUAAAAACGGCGGAUAAUGUACGCAGAGAGGAAUAUACCACAGCACAGAGGCGAUGGCGGCAGGUCGUCGGACGAGGACCCGGACGGCGGCGAGGCGGACCUGCCGGCGGACAGGGAUGACUUCAGGGUGUCGUGUGCGAAGGAGAUGGCCCUGCUGGCGCUGAUGGAGAAGACGGGGUACAACAUGGUGCAGGAGAACGGCCAGAGGAAGUACGGCGGGCCGCCGCCAGGUUGGGACGGGCCGGCGCCGCCGCGGGGCUGCGAGGUCUUUGUGGGAAAGAUUCCCCGCGACAUGUUUGAGGACGAGCUGGUUCCGCUGUUCGAGAAGGCGGGCCAGAUCUACGAGUUCCGCCUGAUGAUGGAGUUCAGCGGCGAGAACCGCGGCUACGCCUUCGUCAUGUACACACACAGAGAGGCGGCCCAGAGGGCCAUCCAGAUGCUGGACAACCAGGAGGUGCGACCCGGGAAGUUCAUCGGCGUGUGCGUGAGUCUGGACAACUGCCGCCUCUUCAUCGGCUCCAUCCCCAAAGACAAGAAGAAGGAGGAGAUCCUGGAGGAGAUGAAGAAGGUGACGGACGGCGUGGUGGACGUCAUCGUCUACCCGAGCUCCAUGGACAAGAACCGGAACCGAGGCUUCGCCUUCGUGGAGUACGAGUCCCACAAGGCAGCGGCCAUGGCCCGCAGGACGCUGAUCCCCGGAACCUUCCAGCUGUGGGGUCACUCCAUCCAGGUGGACUGGGCCGAGCCGGAGAAGGACGUGGACGAGGAGGUGAUGCAGCGGGUCCGGGUUCUCUACGUGCGUAACCUGAUGCUGGAGACCACGGAGGAGACGCUGCACCGGGAGUUCUCCAGCUUCAAGCCCGGCGCCGUGGAGCGGGUCAAGAAGCUCACCGACUACGCCUUCGUCCACUACCGCAGCCGCGCCGACGCCAUCGCCGCCCUCGGCCUCAUGAACGGCGCCCAGAUCGACGGCGCCACCGUGGAGGUGACCCUGGCCAAGCCCGCCGGCAUCAAGGACGGCGGCGGGGCCGGCAAGAGGUGCAACGCCAGGGGUCCCAUGGGCAACGCCGCCUCAGGGGGCGCCAGCGAGGGACGGGCCUCGUUCAGAGGCACGCCCCUGCAGACCCGCGUGGGAAACCCCUGCUAUAACGGAGGAGACGACCCGGACCGCUGGAUGUUCCCCCUGUUCCCCUGCACCCCCCUCACCCCCGUCAGCCCCCUGGCCCUCAAGCAGAGCCAGAUCGGCUCGGCCGUCAGCCUGCUGGAGUACCACUGCCUGAAGAACUGCUGGUCCCCGCCCGAGUACCAGCUGUACUGCACCGCCGGGCCCGACGGCAAGCUGCUGCUGCUCUACAAGGUGCUGCUGCCCUCCACCAGGGCCACCUACGUCCCCGACAAGCUGUGUGUGCUGCUGGACGACGCCAAGGAGCUGGCAGCCCAGACCACGCUGUGGAACCUGGAUUCCUCCGUCCUGCCUGCCGCCUCCUACGAUUCGCCCAACAGCCUGUCGCCUCCGCUCGCCAUGUCCCCCCCCUCCGACUGCGGCUCCAGCGUGCUGAGCUACGGCGGCCGGCCCUACACCCCCUGCCUCCCUACGCCCCCUCCUCCCCCGCCGCUGUCCCCCUUCCCCAUGUCUCCCCUGCCCUCCCUCUCCAUGUUCUCCCCCGCCGCCUCCCAGGCCCUGCGGCUCUACAUGAACGGCCAGUCGCCCUUCUACUGACGGAGCGUGUUGUGAUGAAGAGCUGCUGCGGAGGAGUGGCAGAAGGAACAAGGCAUGAGCGUCUCUGUGUUUUCUGAUGUUGUCUCUGUUAGAGGACGAGCGAUGGACGCUCUCCACACUCUUCUCUCUCUCUCUC